CGAGCUGGUACCAGUGGCCACUGGCCAACCAACGUGCAUGCGUACUUGUCUCUCCAUUGUGAAGCGUGAACUCAUCAAAUCCUUUCUGGGAACGUCUGCAUUUGCAUUAUAAUACGACCUUCCUUGUUUCAAUUGUGGAUUUACUCUUGCAGUUUGUUGUCGUUUGAAAUAUCAGCGCGUGUCAUAAGCUACCCAGAAGGGAAGGCUACAUUUUAUGCCAAGUGAAUCGCAUUCUGCGCGGUGUAUUUUUUGUCAGGUCUAAAAUAUCCGAUCUCAAGCCGAUAACUUUCAUCAACACACGAGUUGAGUUUAGGAGCACAUUAAUGCGUACAGUACACGGACCUGCUUGCCAUAAGGACAUCUGUCAGAAUCCGAAUAAUGUUUUUGCAGUGAUUGUUUUGGUAUCAUUUACCACACUUCCACUGUUGCCAGUCUAUCUAGCACGAGAGCAGCCAAAGUAACGCUUUUUAAAAACGAUUUAAUGAGUCCAGUUGUUUAGAGAAUUCUAGAAAAAUAUGGGAAGCACAGCAAAUGACUCCAAGAAGAGAGACGCGAAGACACCUAGAAAGAAGAGGACGCUUCGAUUGAACAUGCCCGACCUCGGCUCGUUUGCCAUGCCCUUCUUGGAGGGAGAUGCCGACCAUGUGGAUAAGGCCGACAUACAGAAGGAUGAUGGGAGUUGCCACUCAGCCAGCCCGACCAAAGGCUUCUUCACGCGGGGGCCCUUCAGCCGGCCCUCCAGUCCCAAGUCGGCCCCUGCUAGGACCAAGAACAGCCCAGGCUCCCCCAAAACCAUCUUUCCCUACCCUUCGUCCCACCAGGACUCUCCACCCAAGUCGCCUCGUCGCCUGAGCUUCAGCGGCAUCUUCCGCUCCUCCUCCAGAGACUCUAACUCCACCUCUCCCAUCAGCAUCAAGCUCUUCUCCAGGGCCAGGAAAGCCUCCGGGAUCUCCUCGCCCCCCUCAACUCCUCCGACGCAGGCCGCCAAGCAGCCGCCGGCGUUCCCGCUCGAGGCCUAUCGGAGCGAGCCGGAGAGGCUGGAGGCACGGAUGCGCUCCUACUCAUCCCCGCCAGACACCGGGCAGCGCUUCAGUCUACGCUGCUCCAAACCACCCAUGACUCCCUCCGCCCCCAUCGCUAACUCACGAUCACGACCAGUCCACGGUUUAGCUGAAGGCAUGCUGGAGAAACUUGAUCUAGAAGAUGAAGCUUUUGAAGAAUCCGAAAGUGAUAUCUACAUGCGCUUUAUGAAGUCACACAAGUGCUACGACAUUGUUCCUACCAGCUCUAAGCUCGUGGUUUUUGACACUACUCUGCAGGUAAAAAAGGCCUUCUUUGCCUUGGUUGCCAACGGGGUGCGGGCAGCCCCACUAUGGGAGACAAAGAAGCAGAGCUUUGUCGGAAUGUUAACCAUCACAGACUUCAUCAACAUCCUCCACAGAUACUACAAGUCUCCCAUGGUACAAAUCUACGAGCUGGAGGAACAUCAGAUUGAAACAUGGAGAGAGCUCUACCUACAAGAAACCUUUAAGCCAUUAGUGAACAUAUCACCUGAUGCAAGCAUAUUCGACGCGGUGUACUCGCUCAUCAAGAACAAGAUCCACCGGCUGCCCGUCAUCGACCCAGUCAGCGGCAACGCGCUUUAUAUCCUCACGCACAAGAGGAUCCUCAAGUUCCUCCAGCUCUUCGUGUGCGAGAUGCCCAAGCCUGCCUUUAUGAAGCAGACUUUGGAGGAACUAACCAUCGGGACCUACCACAACAUCGCCUUCAUCCACCCCAACACACCCAUCAUCAAGGCCCUCAACAUCUUUGUGGACCGGAGGGUGUCCGCACUGCCAGUGGUGGACGAGUCAGGAAAGGUAGUGGAUAUCUAUUCCAAGUUUGAUGUCAUUAACCUUGCUGCUGAGAAGACCUACAACAACCUGGACAUCACGGUGACCCAGGCUCUGAGGCAUCGCUCACAGUACUUUGAGGGCGUCAUGAAGUGCAACCGGCUCGAGACACUGGAGACCAUCGUGGACAGGAUAGUCAAAGCAGAGGUCCACAGGCUGGUUGUGGUGGAUGAGAAUGCCCGGAUCGUGGGCAUCGUGUCCCUGUCGGACAUCCUGCAGGCCCUGGUGCUCACCCCUGCAGGUAUCUGCAGGAAGAACAGCCAACCACAACCAGAAGUAGAAGCAGAGGCACCACCAGCAACAUUAGUAGAGGCAGAGCCAGAGGUAGAGGUAGCAGCAGAUACAAAACUACAGGAAGAGGCCGAAGCAGAGGCACCACUAGAGAUGUUAGUAGAGGCAGAACCAGAGGUAGAGGUAGCAGCAGAUACAGAACCACAGGAAGAGGCCACAGCAGAGGCACCACCAGAGAUGUUAGUAGAGGCAGAACCAGAGGUAGAGGUACCAGCAGAUACAGAACUACAGGAAGAGGCCGAAGCAGAGGCACCACCAGAGAUGUUAGUAGAGGCAGAACCAGAGACUGAGGAACCACCAGAAACAUUGGUAGAGACCGAGGUAGUGGUGGCUGAACCAGCAACUGAGGUAGAAGCUCUAGUGGAAGCUGAGGUGGUGGUGGAAGAUGAAGCAGAGGUGGAAGGUAAGACUGAGACUGAGGUGGUGGUGGAAGUAGAAAUCAAGACUGAGGUAGUGGAGGUUAAGGGUGAAACUGAGGCAGAGAUAGAGGCUGAGGUGGAGGUUAAGGCUGAAACCAAGGCAGAGGAAGUAGAGUUUAAGUCUGAAGCUGGGGUGGUGAUGGUAGAGUUGGUGGGGGUUAAGGCUGAAACCGAGUCUGAGGUGGGGAUGACAGAGGAUGAAGCAGAGGUGGUGGUGGUGGUGGAGAUUAAGGCUGAAACCGAGGUAGAGGCUGAGGUGGAGGUUAUGGCUGAAACCGAGGCUGCGGUGGGGUUGGCAGAGGAUGAAGCAGAGGUGGUGGUGGUGGAGAUUAAGGCUGAAACCGAGGCUGAGGUGGGGAAUGCUGAGGCUGUGGCAGAGUCUGAGGCAGUAGUGAAGGUAGAGACUGACGCUGGACCCAAGGAUGCUGAGGCAGAGUGACAUCCAUGGCCGUCGCCACAAGCCGUACGUGACUGGCCUGCCAUGACGCUGCUGUGAGAGGAAGUUGACUCAGGAAGAGGAGCGAGCUGAGAAAGAGGCUGGAUCUAAUUGUUGGGAUGGGUGGUUUAGUAGAAGUGUGACACUCCGGCUUACCAGGGUCCUAAUGGGUAAUUUUCUGUGAUGGGGGAGAUGGUCACAUGGGUGACUUUCUCAGGCUGACCAACCAGGGAUCACUUUACUAUAACUGGGUUGUGCCUCCCUUUUCUCCAGAUUGUGCACUAUAACACCCCCGUCCUGUUACCUCUGGAUCUUCCAGCAUCACCUGUCUGUGGGCCCAAUUCAGAAACAACCCGUAGUCCCUAUCCUCUAGGCACUUGUGUAGACUUGAACGGAGUGGAUGGGUGUGAGCAAUGUGGCUAAUAUUCCACCUAGCCUAUCGGAGAGAAAGGCGGCGCUACCACCAUGUUGUCCUGUCUACACCAAGUGUCUACCUAGAGCAGUGGUUCUCAACCUUUUCUGAACCGGGGCAUACCUUGAGGUGAGACAAAUUCUGUGGCACACCUAAAAUAUCCCUAUGAAUCGAUUUUAGUGGAAAUGACCCCCAUUUCACCCAAACUGCUAUUUUCUGUAACAAAUGCUUUUCUUAUAGAUAAAUAGGGUUAAUUUGUGUGUAUCCAAGAGUGCCUCGUGACUCCGUGCUAGAAAUUUACAAAAAUGUAGCUCUUGGGGAAUAGGUCAUUAGUUUUGAGCCGUUUUGGUUAGAGAUUUGUUUUUUUCUGCAUUGUAAAGAUGUAACCACCGAUAAAGCCAUGCUCCCCAUAUUUUUCUAUGGCAGAGGCUGUGGAACAGCUAAGCUUAAUCAGACGUGCUAGUGGUUCUCAGUCACAGGCAAAGUUUUUUUUUAAAUGAUUCAAAUGACUUUGCUUGCGAUGCGCAACCCUCAGAUGAUACAAAUGUUACAGCCUGAGUGCACCGGACUUGAAAUGUUUGAGUGUUUUAAAGUAUUUUUUAAAUAAGAUUAGGGAAAAGUUUCAAGUUCCUCAAGGCACACCGGUUGAAAACCCCUGGCAUAGAAGUUAGGGGCUAAGGAUUGUUUCUGGACAGGGUCAUGGUCUCAACCAUGAGCACACAAAUGGUUUGAAUAUCAGUCAUUUAAGCUUAUUUUUUGUUCCAGUGUACUUCUACAUCUUUAUCAUGAUUCUGUCUGCUCUCCUCCUUCAGGGAGUGUUGUUUUUAGCUUUAUUUGCACAAGGUUUUGUGAACGUAACAGAGGCUCUCUGAAAACUAUACCAAUCCCCCCCCUGCUAGUUAUGAUGUCCCUUUGACAACGGGCUGUGCUCGCUGUCCUCUCUUUAACGUCAUUGGUGCCUUUCGCCCCCACAAGUAGCCCCACAAGUAGUCACACGUCAUUGGCUGAGAGCUGGAGAAUGUUCAAAAACGUGUUAAAACUGAAUGUGAGCGUUUCCAAAACCAAAAACAUGAUAUAUCACACCUUGUGUUUAUUUUGUUGAUGUUGAGAUAAUUUUCUAGAAUCAAAGUUUGUCUGUUAUAUUCCUGAAAUGUUAAUUUUGAAAUUAUGCUGUAAAGAUAGAUUCAAAGUUGUAUUUAUUAAAUCGUAUUUUCUCUGUGCUUAACUAUUUUAGAGGGUGGAAGAGAACGAAAGUGAGGUGACGGUAUGCUGACUUUGUUGUUCAAUGCUUUUCAAGGAGCAGCAGCUGCCUAUAUCCAACAUUUCUCUUUACUUCUCCAGUUACUUGGAGGCAUGCAAGAUAUCUUGUACUCUGUAUUGAUCAUUAUUUUUUUCUGUGUAUACAAUGCUGUAAAAUAAUGUUCUUCGUCAUUUAGAUUGAUUAUUUUUUUCCCUUGUGGAUUAGGUUGUGGUGUAUUGUUGAUGGUCUCAAUAAGGGGAUUAUCCAUUGAAAAUGGAUAGAACUGGUUGAGUACGACAGUAAAAUGGUAAUACAUAUUGUACUUUUCAGUUGUAUUUUUUACUUUGCUGUUUGAAAAAGUAAUAAAACGUACUGUUGAAUCUUUUUA